AUGGUCGAUACCGUACCGCACAUUGGUUCGUUAGGGAGAAGCUCACUUUUUGAUACGGGAGAUGGAGAGGUGGCUUCUAGUGCUGACACAAUUGGUGUAAACCAAGAAGACAUUGACGCGUUUGUAUCGAGUAAUGGCGAAACGGUUAAAUUGAAGAAGAAGUCUGCGAAAUCGGCCACGGGAAAUAUAAGUUUGUACACCAAUCCUGACACUGUUUGGAGAUCAGAUGAUACGUACGGCAUCAAUAUCAACUACUUACUAGACAGGAUUGAUGCAUCGAGCGGAGACCGUUCUAAUAGUUCCAAGACAUCUACCAUGGCUAGCAAAGUAGAUAAUAACUCUCUGUGGGUGGAGAAAUGGCGUCCCAAAAAAUUCUUGGACUUAGUGGGGAACGAAAAGAUAAAUAGGAGAAUAUUAGGUUGGCUAAGACAGUGGACCCCCGCUGUGUUUAAAGAACAAUUACCCAAAUUACCCAAUGAAAAGGAGGAAAAUGAAGCGGAACCAGAUCCGUUGAAAAGACCAUAUAAGAGGAUUUUGCUACUGCAUGGUCCACCCGGAAUAGGGAAAACAUCAGUGGCGCACGUUAUUGCCAAACAAUCAGGCUUUUCUGUCUCAGAGAUAAAUGCAAGCGAUGAAAGGGCUGGCCCUAUGGUGAAGGAGAAAAUUCAUAAUCUUUUAUUUAAUCAUACUUUCAAUGUCAACCCGGUAUGUUUAGUUGCAGAUGAGAUUGAUGGAAGCGCUGAAGGCGGAUUUAUUAGAAUUUUAGUUGACAUUAUCCAAAACGACAUGAAAGCUACUAAUAAACUAUUAUUUAGUCAACCGGAUAAGAAAAACAAGAAGGGUAAAAGUAGAAGGUCAGCUCUACUUAUACGGCCUAUAAUUUGUAUUUGCAAUAAUUUGUACGCACCUUCUUUAGAAAAACUAAAACCGUUUUGUGAGAUUGUUUCUGUGAAAAGACCUUCUGAUACCACACUACAAGAAAGACUGAACCUCAUCUGCCAUAAAGAAAACAUGAGCAUUCCUCUAAAGACAAUCAAUGACUUAAUUGAUCUGGCUCAAGGUGAUGUAAGGAAUUGUAUAAACAAUCUACAAUUUUUAGCUUCAAGUAUCGAUGGAAAAAGCAGUAAUAACCUGGAUGAACCCAACUCCAACAAAAGCACAUGGGGGUCAUCCAACAAAGAUUCGCCGAUAUCCUGGUUUAAAAUCGUAAACCAACUCUUUAGAAGAGAUCCACAUCGCGAAAUUAAAGAUCAAUUUUACGAAUUGUUACAUCAAGUGGAGCUCAAUGGUAACUCAGAUAAAAUAGUGCAAGGGUGCUUUAAUAUUUUUCCUCACGUGAAAUAUUCUGAUAAUGGUAUAAGGAAACCAGCAAAUAUCUCAGAUUGGAUGUUUUUCCACGACUUGAUGUACAAAUCAAUGUAUGAGCAUAAUGGCGAGCUGUUGCGAUACUCCGCUCUUGUACCUUUAGUAUUCUUCCAAACAUUCGGUGAUAUUGCAAACAAAGACGACAUUAGAAUGAAAAACAGCGAGUAUGAACAAAGAGAAUUGAAAAGAGCCAAUUCAGAUAUAGUUGAUUCGAUUGUCAGACACAUCUCGGUAGAAUCACCAUUGAUGGCCAGCUUUACAAAUAGAAACUCUCUGGUAUUUCAAAUACUUCCAUACUUGGAUUCUAUGAUCUCUUCUGACUUAAACAAAGUGAAAAAUUUGAAAUUCAAACAAACGAUUAUUGAAACAUUAGUCCAGGUGAUGAAAAGCUUUCAACUAAGUUUGAUGGAGAAUCAUUCAGACGGAUUUGAUGUAAGAGGUGGUUUGGCAAUCGAUCCGCCUAUCGACAAAGUUGUGUUGCUAGAUCCAAAACAUAUCAAUGAAGUCCAACAUAAGAGGCCAAAUAAUUUGAAUUUCCUCCUGGCCAAAAUUGAGGAGAACAAAGUUAAAAAGAGGCAUAUUGACCAAGUAACAAAUGAGAGAUUGCAGUCGCAGGAAAUUCAUACUAAAAAAACCAAGACGGCGCCAAAUUCCUCCUCCAGUACAAUCGACUUCUUUAAAAAUCAGUACCGAAUAAUAAAUCAAGCCCCGGAAGCUUCUGGGGAAAGGAAAAAUGCUGGCUCAGGUAAACCUGAUGAUAACACCGAGGAGGUUAAAAUAUGGGUAAAAUAUAAAGAAGGGUUUUCCAACGCAGUAAGAAAGAAUGUAACCUGGAAUAGCUUAUGGGAGUAA